UGAAUUAAAUCAUUCUAUUUUUAAAAGUGCCAUAAUUCUGGAGUGACAAAAAAGAAGAAAAUAGUGCUUGUGCAUAACAAAGAGCAUCAGUGCAAUAAGACAUGUAAAAAAUUAAUAAAUCAAGAAAGAUUCAAAAACAGUUCAAACUGAUUUAAAGAGUUUAAAAUAUAUUAUUUUAUAUGUAGCCUAGACAAAAUGCAUAAGCCUUGACAUCAUAAUAACAUUAUCUACCAUUUACCAAAAAAAUAACUUUUUUACACUCUCAUUAGUCCUCUAACCUUGUGAAUUACCUGUCAUCUGUAAAGUCGCUUUAAAUAAGAUGAAACACAUCAAGAGAAACUUCCUGUAAAUUACAUUGGCAAGCUCCUUCUCAUUGUUUCUUCAUAUCAGUCCAUACACUCACACACGCAAAGACACCGUAACAGCAAACGGGCAACGUCAACAAAUCACUUUUCAGAAUGUCGAGCCAAGUGAUCUCAACUGACAACGGUAAAGUUGUCAUCCAAAUAAAUCCACUGAUAAACCAAGAAAGUGCUGAAGGAAAAGAUAAGAGAGGAACGUAUGCACCCCUCCAAUGGUUUCUUAAAGUACAACCAAAGUCACUGGGGACUGUGCAGAUUAUGAUUGGAGUGGUGACCCUGAUGAUUGGUAUUGUGUUCAUUAAUAAAAUUGACCAUUUCAUGUUAACUGUCAUCAGUGGCAUAAACUUCUGGGGAUCUUUCAUUUACAUCAUUGCUGGGUCUCUGUCUGUUGUUGCAGAAAAUAAACUCAAUUCCUGUGUGGUAAAAGCUUCACUUGGAAUGAAUGUGAUCAGUGCUGUGACUGCAGGUGUUGCUAUUAUUCUGCUGUCCAUAGAUCUAGCAUCUGUGGCGUACUAUGGAUAUUAUUACAGAGAGAAUGAACGUUUAUUUCAAGCCUUUCAGGUACCAUAAUUACUUUUACUACA